CACCCAUAUUUCCAAACGGAAACCGCUCUAAUCAUGAGUUUAUGCUUCUUCUGUUCCAAUUUGAAACCAUCCAUUCUAUUCCCCGAACCCGAUUUUUUCCGAUGGAUUCAGACCCGGACCCGUAGCCGUACCCGACCCGUUUCCUUGACAAAGUACAGUUUCAAUGGACGAUGCGCCGUGGGAGAAGAAAUCGGAGUUUUAUCGCCGGACGACAGUUCGUUUGUGCGUAAUCCGGUAAUUGACGAUGAACCGGAAACCGAGGUUGGUGACGUGGACAAUGGAGUUGCUAGUGUUGUGGAUGAAGAAAAAGCUCAAAGUUGGAUAAGUAAGAGUGAUAACAAGGAUAAAGUGGAUGAUGAUGAUAGUAGGUUCAACCUACGUAAUGGAAGAGAGGUUUUUGAAGAGAAAGCCUACCUAGUGGGUGUUGCGUGCAAGGGUGAUACAGAAGAUUCAUUUGGUAUAGAGGAAUCGCUCAAGGAAUUGGCUCAGCUGGCUGAUACUGCUGGACUACUGGUUGUUGAUUCUACAUAUCAGAAGCUAUCUUCUCCUAAUCCGAGGACUUACAUAGGAUCUGGAAAGGUUGCAGAAAUCAAAACUGCGAUUCGUGCAUUUGAUGUUGAGACUGUGAUAUUUGAUGAUGAACUUUCACCAGGACAAUUGCGUAAUUUGGAGAAGGCUUUUGGUGGAGCUGUUAGAGUGUGUGAUCGCACUGCUCUCAUACUGGAUAUUUUCAACCAGCGAGCAGCAACCCGUGAAGCAUCUUUGCAGGUAUCAUUGGCACAAAUGGAAUACCAAUUACCACGGCUAACCCGUAUGUGGACUCACCUUGAGCGUCAAUCUGGAGGACAGGUCAAGGGGAUGGGUGAAAAACAAAUUGAAGUAGACAAGAGAAUUUUGCGUACUCAAAUUGGUGUACUUAAAAAAGAGCUAGAAUCUGUUCGGAAGCAUAGAAAACAGUACAGGACCCGUCGCGUCUCUGUACCUGUCCCUGUUGUAUCUUUGGUUGGAUACACAAAUGCCGGAAAAAGUACACUUCUUAACCGGUUGACUGGGGCCGAUGUCCUUGCGGAGGACCGGUUAUUCGCCACACUUGAUCCUACUACAAGAAGGGUGCAGAUGAAGAAUGGGAAGGAGUUUCUGCUUACAGAUACUGUUGGCUUCAUCCAAAAAUUACCGACAACUUUGAUUGCAGCCUUUAGGGCAACACUCGAAGAAAUUGCUGAAUCUUCAAUUUUAGUGCAUGUGGUGGACAUCAGUCACCCACUAGCAGAGCAACAAAUAGAAGCUGUGGAGAAAGUUCUUUCAGAACUUGAUACAUCAUCAAUUCCAAGGUUGAUGCUGUGGAACAAGGUUGAUAAAGCUGGAGAUCCUGAGAAAAUCAAGUUGGAAGCCAAGACGAGAAACGAUGUGGUUUGCAUUUCAGCUGUAACUGGUGAAGGGUUGGAUGAUUUCUGCAAUGAAAUCCAGAAUAGACUAAAGGAUGCAAUGGUAUGGGUGGAAGCUUUGAUUCCAUUUGAUAAAGGGGAGCUCCUCAGUACGAUACAUCAAGUUGGAAUGGUUGAGAAAACUGAAUACACCGAGAAAGGAACUCUGGUGAGAGCACAUGUUCCCCUCCGAUUUGCAAGGCUUCUAACUCCGAUGAGGCAAAUGUGUGUAUCAUAAUUGCUUCAACUCACCAAAAUACAUAUUCUUGAAAGGGUGACACAAGCACAUGAUUUAUGAUUUA